UGUGAAGGGAACCGGUCUAAAGACCUUCAGCAAGCCUGAAGAGCUGAAGUCAGAUCAGAAACCUCCAUAAACACCAGGAGAAGUGAUGAUACCAUCUGCUCUGACUGUCACAAUGUAGUAAAAUAAAGAAGCAACAAACUAAUCUCGUUACCAUAACAACCGGUUCCUCCUUCUGUUGAUGACGUCGCACCGCCUGCACUGUUUAUUCUUGUUUUCUUUUUUUUUUUUUUUUUUUUAGCCGCAGCUGCUAACUAGAACUGAAUCUGGUGUUUAGACAUGCUCUGACUUUACGGCUGACAGGAUUGGAGGACAGGGAUGGCAGUCUUUGCACUGACCAUGAUGGAUGGGUUGGGGGAUGAGGUAGCAGCAGCGGGGGGCAUGUUGCUCCUUGGCUUGGCCCUCAUCUUGGCUUGGCUUUCCACCCACGUAGCUGAUCGAGGAGACCACAUACUGGGCACCAUCCUCACAGUGGGCGCUCACGCCUCUCUCAUAGGACUGGGAGGUCACGACAACUACAGCGGAGGGCCCGCUGGCGCCGAUGCCCCUGAGCAGCAGACCCCUCCACCUUCACAGGAAAACAAGCCAGACGACAGUGAGCCUGAGACUGAGAGAGGAGAGGGUGAGGGGACAGGAGAAGGAGCUGGAGCUGAAGGGGUGUGGACUGAUCUUCUGCUGGACAUACAGAGCAAAAAACCUCAGGCUGGAAGGCUGCAUGCUUCUGAUGGAGAGGAGGAUGAACGUGAUGAGGUGGAGGAGGAUGAUGAUGAUGAGGAGGAGGAGGAAGUGGAGGAUUUAAAACGGGUAGAUAAAAAGCAAGUAAAGCCUACACCAGUUCUGACCAGAACCAUCAUCGCUACCACUGGGACGACUACCUCCAUCUCUGUUCGGUUGAAGUUUUUAAAUGACUCAGAAGAAGUGGCUGUGGUGGAGCCACAUGAUACAGUAGGAAUAUUGAGAAGCAAAUGCUUUCCUGGUCGGGAGCAUCAGAUCAAAUUGAUCUUCAGAGGCCAGUUGCUGCAGGACCCCAAGAGGACUUUGUUCUCCCUAAACAUCACAGACAACAGCGUGAUCCACUGCCACAUCACCCAGUCCAUGCAAGAAGCUAGCCUGGAGGAGGGGGCUCAGCCCGGGGCAGGAACAGGGGUCUCUUCUGGGCCCUCGGGAGGAUUGAGAGCUGCAAGUGUGGCCAUCAGCACCAGCAGCCUGGUGGUGCCUGUGUUUGUGGUGAUCCUGGCUGUGGUGUGGUACUUUCGUAUCAACUACAGGCAGUUCUUCACCGCCCCCGCGACCAUCUCCCUUGUGGGAGUCACUGUGUUUUUUAGCUUUCUCAUUUUUGGGAUGCACAGCCGCUGAGAAGGCGGCGACUUGGCUCUCACAUGCAGUAAAAUAUUGUAAAGCUUCAAAUAAAAGAAGAAAGAUGAACUGAUGCUGCAACAAGGUGAGCCUGUUAGGAAAAAGCUGUACUGUUUAAAUGCAGUUAAUAAGGAUUAACUGCACCAUUAUUUUUUCAGUUUGGACUAUGUGGUCACCACCAUGUUUAAAACACUUAGUCUCAUAUUUAACUGGUAGAAUUUCAUGAAACUUGCUUGAGCGAGGUUCUGGUUUCUAAACAAGAACUCCUUUAAAGCCACUGACUGUUGCGCGUCGCCACUUUGACUCAUAUUAUUUGAAUGAAUAGAAACAAACAGUGCAAACGCCUGCGAGCGAGCCCAAGACUUGCUGCUUUGUAGAAAUAUGCUCAUUAAAGCAUUUACUCAACACGUUUCGGAGAAAAAUCUGUAUAAAUGUUUCUUGUAAAUAAUAAGUUAGCAUCAGAUGAAGCGAUGUCUGGCUCUUACAGACUCCUCCUGGUUAUACUGGACUUGUCUUGUUUCAGGUGGAUCUAACAUUAAAGCAUUUCCAACCAAA